UCUCGCUUGAUGCCAAGCGUUGACAAUCCGCGCUACGCUACCGCACUUCGUUGCCCAAGGCCAUCAACCUUUCGAGAACAAGACCGUCAUUUUCCAAACACAACAGAAUUGCACGUCCAGACUCAUCACAAAUACCACCAUCUUCGUCGUUGCAGAUACAUUCCACAAUGACUAACGAGCGUGAAAGCAAGACCUUCCUCGCGAGGCUCUGCGAGCAGGCCGAGCGUUACGAUGAGAUGGUUACGUACAUGAAGGAGGUUGCUAAGUUGGGUGGUGAGCUCACUGUCGACGAGCGAAACCUGUUGUCUGUCGCGUACAAGAACGUCGUCGGUACUCGUCGUGCUUCUUGGCGAAUCAUUAGCUCUAUUGAGCAAAAGGAGGAGUCCAAGGGUACCGACAAGCACGUUUCCACCAUCCGAGACUACCGUCAAAAGAUCGAAACCGAACUUGAGAAGGUCUGCCAAGAUGUUCUUGAUGUCCUCGACGAGUCCUUGAUUCCCAAGGCCGAGUCUGGAGAGUCCAAGGUCUUCUACCACAAGAUGAAGGGCGAUUACCACCGUUACUUGGCUGAGUUCGCAUCCGGUGAGAAGCGUAAGGUUGCUGCUACCGCUGCCCACGAGGCUUACAAGAACGCAACCGACGUCGCUCAGACCGAACUCACCCCAACCCACCCCAUCCGUCUUGGCUUGGCCCUUAACUUCUCCGUCUUCUACUAUGAGAUCCUCAACUCCCCCGAUCGUGCAUGCCACCUUGCCAAGCAAGCUUUCGACGAUGCCAUUGCGGAGCUCGACUCUCUCUCCGAGGAGUCCUACCGUGACAGCACCCUCAUCAUGCAACUCCUCCGCGACAACCUUACUCUCUGGACCUCUUCAGAUAGUGCUGAUGCUGAGGCUGCACCAGCUGAAGCACCAAAGGACGCUGAGAAGGCUGCCGAGCCCGAGGUUAAGGCUGAGGAACCAAAGGAAGCCCCACCCGCCACCGAACAAUCUUAGAUCUCACCUCUCGCGAAUCUCCUCGUCUCGUUUUCAUAUGCUUCUUGAUCUUGCUGGAGUGGCUGGUAUACCCGGCUUGCUGGUGGAGUGAUUGCA